AUGGUGCAAGAAAUCCAACUGGAUCAUUAUGUAGAAAAUGUUCAGAAUUUUCAAAAUGAUCUACGAAGGACAGUAUUCUCGAAGCAGUACUUUAUGCUACACCCUGUAUCCGAACUUUGCAGGGAAUAUUGUACGUCUGUCGGUUUUGUCUCUCGCGAGAACCAGAAACUGCUUCUGCCCUUGGUAAAAACCUUCGACACUCUACUCACAAUCGAGGAUGUGCAACGGUUCACAGGAAUACAGCUCGAUGCGAAUAUUCUACAGUACGCAAUUUGUCUCGAAUGCAUCAACCAGCUGAAAAUCUCUGCCGACUUUCGGACGCGCUGCCUGAGCAACGAUGCACAGUUCCAGCAGCUGCACGACUUGCUGGUUGCAAGCGCGAACGCCAUCGAAACCAAAGCAGAGGACGGGAAAAGCCAACCGUCCGAUCUUGACGAACCAGAUAUGAUGGCUGAGCUCGACAAUUUCGAUGAUAGAUCGACGGAGUACAGCAUCAACGAUCCCUUCCGUAGGGUGCAAGGGGAAUGUUCCUUUCUGGAGGAAUACUUGCUAGACUCAGAAUCCGACAGCGUAAGGGUGGACGGCUGCCGCAGGACCAGCACUACCAAUCGCAGCAGCAGAACCGUUUCCGAACGCUUUGCGAAAGAUGACGAACAUUGCAACUCUGCCAACUAUAUCGCACCCGGUGAAGCGUCAAUCUCGGACGACGACGGCGUGUCGGACCCGGAGAACGGUGAAUGGAGCAGCUACUACUGGCCAUCCAAUCCACUGAUCGUGCCGUACGAGCGGGAACGCGGCAAGCGAAAGCUGCACCUGUGCAACAUCUGUGGCAUCUUCGUGAAGCACUUGCCGAAGCAUGUGAUCAACCACGAGGACGACAUCUCCGAGGCAUGCCCGCAUUGUCCGGUGCGAAUGAAGCAGAAAACUAACAUGAUACAACACAUCCAAACGGUGCACCUGAAAACGAUAAGCAAAACGUGCGAAAUAUGUGGCAAGGGGUUCAUUCACCAUAAAACAUACAAUAUCAUAUGAUGUCGCAUCAGGACGAGGGUGGAACGUUUGAGUGCAAAGCGUGCUCGAAAACAUUUUCCCAUUCAAACGCACUGAAGGAUCACUUCAAUAGGUUACACAAUAUUGCGAGGAAACAAAAAUAAACCUUAUUGUAGUGUAUUGGGUGUUUGCUUCGCCAAAGCGCAUAGCUUAACAUUUGUUCUAAAUUGCUAUGAAUAAAUUAACUCGAA